GGGAAGCGAUGAAAACAGAUACUCGGUGUCGAAAUGAUAUUCUUUACAAGUUUACUUUUCGGCGAAACACAGGCUGAACGAUAUUAGAAGGUCACUUGUGUCGUAGAUAUUUGCUCCGGGGUCUUAUAUUACAAAAAUGAGCAGGAAACAGAAUCAAAAUCUUCUUCGCUGACAGCGUCUCUGCUCAACUAGAAAUCAUGGGUGAUAUAUAUCAUAAAGCAGCCCGCGAUAGCGUUCUUGAACUUUUAAAAACAGCUACAAAACGAGAUGCAAAUCGAAGGGAUGAGGAUGGAAUGUCUCCCGUACACUAUGCCGCAAGUUGUGGAAAUGUUGAGGCUCUGAGACUGCUAGUCGGAAAGGGGUAAGCUAAGUUUUAUGUAGAUGAUCUGAAAUGAAGAGGAACAAAACCGCAAACGCAUAAAUUUUAAAGCUAAAAGCGAAUAGAAAUUUGUCGUGUUGAAUGAGCUUUUAUAGCUGGGCUGAAAGAACGAUCAUCUUUAACGUAAAGUAUUCUUAACUAUUUUUUGUUUUGCAAUACAGGAUUAAGGGUAAAUUAAAGCUCAAACUUGCAUGCAUGGCACCUGCCUACAAAAAACUGCACGGUGCGUUUUUAAUUUGCUCUUCGUGUAUUCAGCUUUAUAAAGCUUACUUGCCAAGCUCAUUCUAUGUACGUGUAAAUUAUAGGUAAGAUAUAUUUGAUUAUCCGUUUCUUACUGUCGCGGUUAAAUUUUGUAAAUAGGCUACGUAAUUGCCUUUCCCAUUCUAAAAGCAUUAAAUAAUGGACUCGACGAUUUUGACUGUGAAACAAUUUUAAAAAAUGUGACAAAUGUAAGUGCUUAUUUUAAACAAAUCCUGGAACAAGUCCUGAUUUUUUUUUCAGGCUUCUAAAUUGCGUUCACAACUGCGAGGAUCAUUCUUCACCUAAUUUUCUCACGGUUGACAGUGCAAUUUAACGUAUUAUGUACUUAAGAUUACUUUUCAGUGAGACAUGGGAAGUGUGAAGUAAGGCAGUAAAAAUAAACAGGGUCGGUGAGUUAAUUCGGGCCUCAAUCAAGGGAAAUGUUUUCAACCCUAAUAUUAACAACUUUCCAAUCUUGUUCUGAAGAAUUUUUAAAAACCGGCUUUGCGGAAAUAGGUUAACUUAACUGAAAAAAAUCAAAGGGGCGUGAAAACGCAUACCAAAUUUCACCUAAUUUAUAAAAUAGCAGGAAGUCUUAACAGACCUGGAAGCAAAAAAUAUAUAUAUGGUUUUUCCAAUGAUUUUUUACGAAAGUAUAGAUAAAAUUGUUAAAACUUCAUUCAUACUUGGAAGAUCGAAUAAAAUACCUUUGAACUUAACAGGACCUUUAAAACCUGCAUUGACAUUAGCUCAUGUUAAGAAACCCUAGGCCAUUAAAUGACAUCAUUGUUAUCCAUAAAGUUAUCUAUAGGCUUAAGUGAUAGAAUUUGGUAUUUGAAUUGCUGGCGAUCCCAAGGUACUUAUUAAUAAUUUACCAGUUAGAAAAAACUCUUUGGGCUUCAAGAAUUUGCAUAAUGGCUCCUCUGUUUGAUAGACUAACCUACGACAAUAAAUUCCAUAUGCCAAUUUAUUGAAGAGAUGUCAAGAGGAGUUUAUCUCUGGGGGAUUACACUUACCCCACACCUUACUGACAGUGUAUCCCAGAAUACCGUGUCAUUCAUACUCCAGACACCCCUUUUUCAGGUCAAGUACCACAGAGCUGUGCUCUAGCAGCAGCUGGUAGUCCCUGGAGAUUUCCUUUGCAUUUGGAUCACAUGGAAAUUGUUCGUCUCCACAUUAAUUGAUUUAAUAUACUGGAACCCCUUGGAUUUCAAAACUUUGGAGUUUUCAUCCCUCUCUACAAUAGAAAAAUCAGACAGCCUUGAAUACAAAUUGUGUAUUUAAGAUGGACUCCCCAUCAAAAUGUUUGAUCCACUACUGACACCUGUAAGAGUGGCAUGGUGAAAUUCAGGAGAACAGAGUAUUCAAAACUAUCAAUUAAAAUAUCCAAGUUUUCAGUUAUUUUCAGGGACUGAUAUUUCUUGACUGAAGUAUUUUUGUGUUGAUUACAGGGGCGAUCCCAACAGACCUAGCCAUGAUGGUGCCACUGCAGUUCACAUAGCUGCCAGUUGUGGACAACUCAACUGUCUUAGCUUCCUUACAAACUUCGGUGCAAAUAUCUGGGCUCUUGACAACGAAGGGCGUACCCCACUCGAGGAGGCUGCCCUCCAUGGACACAUGGAAUGUGUGCGUCACUUGGAUGGUCUAAUUGCUAUUCACAUGAUGCGCAAUAGCAAAGAGGUAGAGAAACAAAGAAGACAUGCCAAAAAGGACAUGAUGAAAAGGGUCAAGAAACAAGACAAGAUUUUCCAGUCCAGGGAAAAUGCGUAUGAAAAAAAGAUUGCACAGGAAACAAGAGAAAGAAGCAAGUCAGAGAUUAAUGGUAGGAAAGGAACUUGGACUGGAAAUGGUACCACAAAAUCCCAAUAUCAUACCGAGAAGGCAUUCUCGGAAUUAAUUGGCAGUACCUCAGAAUUGGACUUGUCUGACGGGAAGAGUGUCAAAUCUUACUCAUCUGGGACCUUUCAGUCUGGAACUAAAAGCUUAAGAAUGAUAGGUGCAUUGCGGUCAAAAUUCAACUCUUUGCGAAGCUCUGACAAAGAGCCAAGAAUACUCCGUCAAAGGUCAUUAGAUGAUUCUGGCCUGUUUGAGGAUAUGUCAUCAAGGUCUCCAUCACUCUUAGAUCAGCUGGAACUUAAGGCAGCUGAGAACCAACAGGAGAAUUUGGUAUUAGAUUCCACUGAUCCUUAUGAGGUUGAUGAAUCAGAUCUUGCCUAUGGUCAUGUAGUGAAAAAAUUUGACGAUAAAGGCAAUGUUACCACUCAUGUUCAUUAUGUGCCAAAGAAUUCUGUCAAGUUGAGGAAUGGCAGCGUUGCAAGCCACACUAGCAACAGCAGUAGUCACCUGAGCUCAUCAUUCAAUGAUAUCCGAAGCUUAAAAUCCAUGGAACUUGAAGACACAUAUUCGCAGUCAGACAUGGGAGCUGAAUCCACAGACUCUAAAUCGCUGGUCACCUUUAUGGCUGCCCUCAAUCUAGAUCAGUUCUCAACCUUGCUGAUCAAUGAAAGCAUUGAUCUGAAUACUUUGACAUUAUGUUCUAAUGAUGAUUUAAAAGACAUAGGGCUUCCUCUUGGCCCAAGAAGAAAAAUACUUGAUGCUGUCAAGAAAAGGAAUGAGGCUUUAAAUCACCCUGGACCAAUGAUUGACUCCAAGAUAUAA